AUCCACAUUCCAGGCCACUUAGACUUCUGGUUUUCCAGAAAAAGAUAAUCAAAAAGGUUCAUACGUACCUUUGCUGACAUGGCUUGGAGACUGGAAAAAAAGAAUCGGAGGCAAUUUUUGAAGAGUGAGCUCUGUUUGACCGUAUGAUAAAAGCAUUACAUGAACGGAAAGACUGCUUCUCAAAUCGGUAUCUAAUUUGCUCUUUUGCAUCUUUGGCGGACUUCAGGUUUCCUUCUUAUCUGAUUGCAUGUCUUGCAGAGGGGUUCAUCUACAUCAGCACUUUCCUUGCGAUACACAACAUGGCUCAGAAGAUGCCAUCCUUCCAAAGUGGUGGAAUCCUGUGGUUCACUGAUCUUACAACUCCUGACAGAUUUUACAUCUUGCCUGUUGUGACAGGGCUCACUUUCUGCUUUGCAACGAUACCCCUCAGUAGGCAGGAGAAUUCAGCAGCCAGAAGAAGCAUGAGGCUGCUUUGUUGGAUCUCUGCGAGUGUUGCAUUUCAAGCUACAUUCAGCAUUGAAUCGGCCGUGUACUGUUUCAUGAUCUCAUCUAGAGUAGCUAUCCAUGGAAUAGAUUUGGCUAUGGUAAAAUCUCCAAAGGUGAGGGAGUUGCUCGGUCUCCCAGACGUUUUCGCAUUAUACGCGGCUUCCAAGGCCUCCUGUGAAGAAAUGCGCCCCGAGCUGUUAAAGUUGAAGCAGAAGAUCCAAAGUCGCACGGAAAAGCAGAAGGGCAAGAAGUGAAAACUCUGAGAGUUUUUCCUGCAACUGCUUCAUAUUGUCUCCUCCGAAUUUAACUAUCAAUCGGCCUUUUGGUCUUGUUCUUCUUGACUUUUCAGGUUUGUAGUGUAUCGAACAAAUCCUAUUCU